AUGACUCUGGGCAAUGCUAGUGCUCCAAAAGUCUUCAUUCUCCUGGGUUUCUCUAGCUACCCUUGGUUGGAAAUGCCUCUCUUCACUGUGGUACUUGUUGCUUAUAUCUGCACACUUGUGGGCAACAUCUCCAUUAUCAUGGUGUGUAGGGUAGACCCUCACCUACACAGUCCCAUGUAUUUCUUCCUUUCCAACCUCUCUUUCUUGGACCUGUGUUUCAUCACCACUACUAUCCCUCAGCUCCUGCUGAACCUAUGGGGUCCAGACAAAUCCAUCAGCUAUGGUGGCUGUGUGACCCAGUUUUACCUGUUUCACUUUCUGGGGGCCACAGAGUGCAUCCUUCUAGCUGUGAUGUCUGUGGAUCGUUACAUUGCCAUCUGCAAGCCCCUGAGGUACCCUACCAUCAUGUGUCAGCACUUCUGUGUCCUCCUAGUGAGCAUCACAUGGUUCAGUGGCUUGGCUAACUCCUUGUUGCAGUCAUCCCUCACCGUCCAGCUGCCACUCUGUGGUAACAACAAGGUGGACAACUUUCUAUGUGAAGUCCCUGUGAUGAUCAAGAUGUCUUGUGUGGACAUUACAUUCAAUAUGACUAUGCUUUCCAUCGUUGGAAUAUUCUAUUCCUUGGUUCCUUUGUCAUUUAUCUUUGUUUCCUAUGCAUUCAUUAUAGCUUCUGUGCUUAGGAUUAAGUCCUCAGAGGGAAAGAAGAAGGCCUUUAACACAUGUGGUUCCCAUGUUAUGGUUGUAUCUCUCUUCUAUGGGCCAGUAAUCAGCAUGUAUGUGCAGCCCUCUGCCACUAACUCCCAGGACAAAGACAAAAUCAUGUCCCUGUUCUACAGUUUGGUGACUCCCAUGCUUAACCCUUUUAUCUACACUUUGAGGAAUAAGGACAUGAAAGGGGCAAUGAAGAGGCUCCUUAUAUCAUUGUGCAAUCGGCGAGCAGAGCAAAUGUAA